CUGAUUGAUGCAACAAUGGAGGAAGUCAAGUCACAAAAAAUAAAAAUAAACUACAGUCACAGCAGAGAGACACCCGGCAUUGAAAACAAGACCCUGACACUCAGAAGCUGUGUGGGACUCACACCUUUUAAAAGGGAAAUGAAGAUGCGAUUCCUGGGGAGGACCUGUCUCAUUGUCUUGAGUUUGCUACAAGCUGUUUCUACACAGAGAGAUGGCAGCUCUGUUGUUGGCUCUGAUCAGCCCCUCAUCGCCUCUUCUGGUGAAGAUGCCAUCCUGCCCUGUCACAUCACCCCCAGUCUUAGUGCUGUGGACAUGGAUGUGAGGUGGUUUAGACAGAAAUUCAAGAUCCCAGUUCAUUUAUAUGAAGAUCGAAGCGAUCGCACAGAUGUUCAGGACAGUGACUAUCGGGGCCGCACUGCUCUCUCUAGAUUGGGGCUGCAGGAAGGCAUUCUCUCUCUUAACCUGAGAAACCUCCGUCACACUGAUAGCGGGGUCUAUUCCUGCUAUGCCACUGAUGGAGUCUGGAAUGGACAAGGAAAGACUGAACUGAUAGUCAGAGCUCUGGGGACCCAGCCCUCAAUCUCUAUGGACUCUACACAAGGAGAGCAGACCUGGCUGGUGUGCAGAUCAGAGGGGUGGAGCCCUGAACCUGAAGUGAUCUGGAGAGACAGAGAUGGAAACAAUGUGACAUCACUGUCCAACACAACAGUGCAAAGGGACAGUCAGGGGUUCCUCAGUGUCAGCAGCUACAUCAAAAUCAAACAGCAGUCCAACGUGUUCUCCUGUCUGGUUAGAAGUAAAAUACCAAAACCAGACUGGGAAUCCAAACUCCACAUAUCCAGUGAUUUUUUCCCAGGAGUCUCUAGAUGGAUGGUGGCUUUCUUCUUGACUUUAGCUCUCAGUAUUGGAGCCAUUCCUCUGCUGGUGUUCCAAUGGAGAAGAAUGGAUGCCAUGGAGAGACAGUUUGAGCCUAUGGCUGCUCAGCGGCUUCGUGAGGAACUUGAGUCUAUGAGCCGUGAGGUCCCUAAAUCAGAAUGGAAGUGGAUCCUCAGCUCAGCAGUUGACAGUUUGACUCUGGACCUCGAUACAGCACACCCCCGGCUCACCCUGCCUGUGGAUGGGAAACAAGUGAGAGGGAAAAGGCAGGAUUAUAACAGUUCUCAGAGAUAUGAUUACAGGCGCUGUGUGCUGGGCAGGGAGGGCUUCAUCUCAGGGAGACACUACUGGGAGCUGGGGGUGGGAGAGAAUACAUUCUGGAGAUUAGGAGUCAGCAGAGAGUCUGCCCCGAGGAAGGGGGAGUUCAGCAUGACCCCCCAGCAGGUUUACUGGACUGUGGGGUGGGAUGGAGAUGAAGAUAAAGAAGAGUUCAUUGCUCUCACUGACCCCCAGACCCCCCUCCCCCAGAUCCUAAAGCCCCAGAAGCUGGGGGUGUAUCUGGAUUAUGAGGAAGGACGGAUCUCCUUUUACAAUGUGGAGACCAGAUCUCACAUCUACUCUUUCACUGACAUGGAGUUCAAGCCCAAUGAGAAACUCUAUCCAUUCUUCUGGACGUGGGACGAGAAAACAGACCUUGCACUGGUGUCCCCGGGGAAGAUGAAUGACAGCUCUUUCUUUCUUCUAGUCUGGAAAUGGAUUCUUGCUGCAUCAGUUGAUGUGACUCUGGACCCUGAUACAGUAGAGCCCAAUCUCAUCCUGUCUGCGGAGGGGAAACGAGUGAGACUGGGAGAGACACGGCAAGAUCUCCCUGACAAUCCAGAGAGAUUUGAUGGCUGGCACUGUGUGCUGGGCAGGGAGGGCUUCACCUCGGGGAGACGCUACUGGCAGGUGCAGGUUGGGGGGGAUACACCGUGGAGAUUAGGAGUCAGCAGAGAGUCUGCCGAGAGGAAGGGGGAGUUCAACAUGACCCCCCAGCAGGGUUACUGGACUGUGAGGUGGAGUGGAUACAGCUUCACUGCUCUCACUGACCCCCGGACCCCCCUCCCCCGGAGCCUGAAGCCCCAGAAGCUGGGGGUGUAUCUGGAUUAUGAGGAAGGGCAGCUCUCCUUUUACAAUGUGGAGACCAGAUCUCACAUCUUCACUUUCACUGACAUGGAUUUCAAUCCCAAUGAGAAACUCUAUCCAUUCUUCUGUACUGGGGACAAGAAAACCGACCUUGUGCUGGAGUCCCCUGACCCUGUCAGCACUGCAGAUUAAACACACAUUGCUGUCUGAACCAGGAAACUAUUCAAACAGCUCAGACAAUCUCCUCUUCACUUUCACUGACACUCUCUCUGCACUCUUCUGGGCUGAUGAGAAGAAAUCCUCUCUCUCUCUUCCACCCUCUUACCCUGAGCCCCUCCUCUUUAUUUCUCUACACCCCCUUUCCUACUCUCCCUUCCUGUCUCCCUCUCUUUCCCCACCACCUCUCCAUCCCCAGAUCCCUCUUUCUCUCCUCUUCUGCUCUCCUUUCUCUCUCCCCCUUCCCUCUGAUAUGUUAAUUCCCUCCCUUUCCCACUCUCCCUCUCUCCACCCUGCCUUCUCUAUCCCUCUCUCCUCCAUCCUUUAUACUCUCCCUCUCCCUCUCUCCUCCCUGCCCCCUCUAAGUUUGUACUGUGAUAUUUUGUAACAACUCUAAGUCUCCCUGGAUAAGGGCAUCUGCUAAUAAAUAAAUAAAGAUAAAAGACUUUCUAGACAAUAGAUGAAUGCAUUAUUUUCCAUAUAAUCAAUAUUUACACUGAAGCUGAGAUGUUUCCUGAAUAUUAUUCAUUGCUAAACUUAGGGAACUGAUUUCUGCUAUUUUGAUGUGAAUCUUCUGUUCUGUUUUUGUAGCGCAUCUAUUUUCUAUCUUUCUUGAUAAAAUGUAUAAAAGAUAUAA